CCGCAUUCAGUUCAUCUCUUUCGGAGCUCUUCAGUUAUAGGUACCAGCGACAGAUAGCAAAAUGGUGUUAUGUCACAUUCGUGCGACUUUGCAACUUGGCCAAUUAAUUUGUUCUACCGCUCGUGCACAAUGUGGAUACCAGAGCAGUAGGUUUCUUGGCACCAGCAGUUUGCUAUUAAAAGAGAGGUUGUACACUGAUAAACACGAGUGGGUUUCAGUGGACGGUGAGGUCGGAACCGUUGGAAUUUCGAACUUUGCCCAGGAAGCCCUUGGCGAUGUGGUCUUUGUACAGCUUCCCGAUGUUGGAACCAAACUGUCCAAGAAAGACGAAUGCGGAGCGCUAGAAAGUGUAAAGGCAGCUAGUGAGGUGUAUUCGCCCGUUUCCGGAGAGGUAACAGAGAAAAACGGAGCCGUUGAGGAGACGCCAGGGCUAGUAAAUUCAUCGUGUUACGAAAAAGGGUGGUUAUUUAGGCUGAAAUUAACGAAACCAGAUGAGUUGUCACAGCUGAUGAAUGAAAAGCAGUAUACUGAGUUCCUGAAAUCCGAUGCUCAUUAAUGCAUUUCUCUGAGCGGUAAGAAUGGUGCAGAUUCUACAAAAAAUCCCGAUCACUAAGUUGGCAGCUUACCUGUAUCGUAGCCAUUUCGUGAAUAGUUGCUAAGUCAGAUAAGUCUCAUGUAAAUCGAAUGUUUGUAAUUUAUAAAGUAAAUAUGUUUUAAACCAAUAUUGGUAUUUAUUUGCCACUAAUUGUCGUUGUGGACCAUUAUCGUCACAGGAGUUAAGACGGUUGCCUAUUUGACCUAAGAUAGAAAGUAGGGUAACACGUUUGCUGCUUACAUAAGCCGCCCAGCUAAUUUAGGCUUUAGUUAUGCAACUUUCCACACCAAAUAGCGUUUUGCUAAACGGCUGCUUAUCACUACAUAAGUAAAUAAGACG